AUGCCUUCUGUCGAAGAGUUCAUGCAGCAGGUCGAUCGCCGGCGAGUUGGCUCCGGCGUGGCCUUGCUGGUUAUUCUCGCUUUUUACUCACCCCUUUCCAAGCUGAUUCUAUCUCCAACUUAUGGAUCCUUGCCUGCUGAAAUCUUCCAUGCCUAUGGAGUCGCCAUCUUUGGCGGAGCCGGAUGGUUUUUGAAAGACUUUAUUAUCAGGCGUCUGGGUCGUGCUGGUGGCUACCUGCUCCCCGUGUUGGCGUUCUGGGUUCCAACUCUCCAGUAUUUCAUGAAGCAGAAGAGCUCCUCAUUGGGCAACCCACUCGGUCCGGUCAUCACGGAGCUGUGUGGCUAUUAUCCUCUGGUACUCCUCACAGUAGCCUAUGCCGGGAAGCAAAUCCAAAGGGGUUUAAGACUCGAGUCGCAUGGCGAUUUGGUGGCUGAGCACGUUCCCCUGCUGGGCACCUACGUAUUCUAUUCAUUUGGCGAUCACUUUGCGAACAUUAUAUUGCACUGGAUCGUCGGCACUACCUUUUUGUUUACCAGGGUUGGAAUGCAAAUGAUCCUUGCGGUCUGUUAUUCUGCACUCCUUCCGUCCAAGUUGCUGGUUCUAGCCAUUCCUUCUGUGGUCUUUUCUUUUACCUCGAACGUGCACUUUGCUGGAAUUAAUGGCGUGAACUCUGCCAUUGAGCACGAAGGGUACUCCCUUGUGGCACGUCAUGAAUCCACCACCGGCUACAUCUCUGUGUUGGACAACCACAAUGAUGGAUUCCGUGUGAUGCGCUGCGACCACAGCCUUCUCGGUGGACAGUGGACCAAGCUGCCUUCAAGCUACCGCCCCGAGGUGGAGGAUCCUAUCUACGCCAUUUUUGCUAUGCUCGAGGCUGUCCGUUUAGUUGAGCCGGACCAUGGCGUUUCCCGCGUCGAUGCCGAUAGCAAGGCGCUGGUCAUUGGACUUGGUAUUGGCACAACUCCUGCCGCACUCAUCAAGCACGGUAUUGAGACUACUAUCGUUGAAAUCGACCCUACCGUGCACAAGUACGCAGUUGAAUAUUUCAAUCUCCCACGGAACCACAUCCCUAUCAUCCAAGAUGCCGUCAAAUACGUCAAGAAAGCUCAAUCUGCCCCUAAGCCAAUCCAGUACGACUACAUCGUCCACGAUGUUUUCACCGGUGGAGCCGAGCCUGCCGAACUAUUCACCUAUGAAUUCCUCGAGGGCCUCGAGGCGCUUCUCAAGGACGACGGUGUCAUUGCCAUUAACUACGCCGGGGAUCUUACCCUCUACCCAACCGGCCUGGUAGUCCGUACCAUCCAACACGUCUUCCCAUCAUGCCGUAUCUUCCGCGAACAAGCACCAGUCGGAUCUGACGAGAACUCUGAUUUCACCAACAUGGUCUUGUUCUGCAAGAAGAGUGCUGGCACCCCCCUUCGCUUCCGUGACCCUGUCCAGGCGGACUUCCUGCGCAGCAAGUCUCGUGAAAGCUACCUCGUUCCUAAGCAUGAGCUUGACCCUGCUAUCUUUGCGUCUUACCCCAAGACUGGUAGAGCCUACUUGUGGGAGAAGGAGGUUGGUAGAUUGCACAAGUAUCAGGACCGCAGUGCUUUGGAGCACUGGGGCAUUAUGCGGAAGGUUCUGCCUGAUGCUGUUUGGGAGAACUGGUGA